AUGUUUCGGAUAGUUGACGAGGAUCCAGAAUUUGUGAAGAAUACAUCUCGGAAGGUUUUGAAGGCUGCUAAUAGCUGUCUCGAUAAGAAGAACCAUGAAUUUUGGAAAAACACUUCGAGCAUGCCCGAUUUGAUAGCAAACUUACAAGAAGUCUUCGUUAACGUGGCUAAAGGAGACCUUAAACUCGGAAUUGAUUACACCCUUACAACGGAAAAAAUUUUGGUCGUGAUUAAAAGAAAACGUCCCACAGCAGAGGAGAAUUACAUCAUAAUUCCUGACUACUCUGCUAUAAAAGAUGACUCAUGGGGCGAUGAUGUCAACUUUGUGCAGAUUCCUAAAGCAGCAGUACAAAGUGUUAAAGGAAUUUACACAUAUGUAUUCCUGCUGUAUAAAGACGUGGAAAGUGGACUGCCGAAUUCUUCUCAAAACGAAACUGGAGAUGAAUUGAACGUUUCCUCUCUUGUGAUGUCUUGCUAUCUCGCACUUGGUGGUGUGCCUGUUUUCAAUCUUUCUUCUCCGGCCCUUCUGUAUUUCAAAACCCCGUCCGCCGAAGGCCGUUCAAGGCAGUGCUCAUUUUGGAAUACAGACAGAAGUUCCUGGUGGACGAAUGGGGUCAAAGAAUUAGAAUUACAAUCAAACUCCUCAAUUACUGUUUGCCUAACCGAACACUUCACCAGUUUCGCGGUCCUUAUGCAGCACACAAAAGUGGAGCUUUCCGAGGAGGAUCACUUCGCUCUAAGCAUCAUAACCUAUAUAGGCUGUGGAGUCUCAACGGGAGCCUUGAUCAUCACCGUUAUAGUAUUCUUGAGUGUCGAGUCCUUGUCAUCGGAACGACACAAAAUUCAUACCAACCUCGUGGUGUCACUUCUCUUCGCUAACGUACUUUUUUUGGCUGGGAUAAACGAAACGUCCAGUCCAGUGCUAUGUAAAGUAGUGGCAGUGUCAAUACAUUACUUCUUCCUGACUGCGUUCACCUGGAUGUUUGUGGAGGGCUUACAUUUGUACCUGAAGGUUGUCCAAGUAUUCAGAACAGAGAAUAUCCAAAUGGUUUAUUAUUAUGUGUUUGGAUGGGGUUUCUCUGUGCUUCCAGUUGCCAUCACAUUUGCUAUAAACUCAAACAGUUAUGGUAACAGUGAAGUCUGUUGGCUCUCUACUAAGGAUGGCACCAUCUGGGCCUUUAUUGGACCUGUUGUUGCCAUUAUUACAGUAAACACAUUUGUCUUGAUAAUGGUGAUCAAAACUGUUGUCUCUUCUGCGUCCGCUGUAAAAAGCUCCGACCGCGCCCAUUUAAAAGCUGGAAUCAAGGGACUGUUUGUGCUGAUGCCCCUUCUUGGUGUGGGCUGGAUUCUUGGAUUAUUUGCAUUGAACGAUGGCACAAAGGUUUUCAUUUAUGCAUUUGCUAUCGUAAAUGGAUUUCAGGGCUUACUGAUUUUCUUGCUGCACUGUGUUUUUAACAGUGAGGUCCGCCAAGCUUUUCGCCGGCAGAGAGAGAAACAUUCCCUCACAAAGGAAAAUAUGUCUCAAUAUAAUGCAUCCUUCUCACUCUCGUCGGAAUCUGGAAGCAAGAAAACGUCGAACUCCAACAGUUUUAGUAAGCUCAAAGGGAGACUUUCUUUCAAACGCAAGAGCUCAGCCAGAGUUGUUCAAGUCAAGCCUGCUAACGACAAUCAUGACGUCACCGACAGUUCGUUCCAAGUAAAACGAACCUUCCAUGAGAGUAACAGGCUGAGCGUGACGGCACAGGAAAACAAAAUGUCUUCAUUAAACUGCCCCAUGGAUUCGGAAAGAGAAGUAGCGCCCAAUAAUCAGCAGGCAGCCAUCGCAAAAGGGAAGCGGAGUCGUCCUUAAUGACCCGGCCUGAGCAGUCCACAGUUACUAAUGUUGUCACCACUUUAUAAGGAAAGAAUCCGUACUUAAAUAACAAGAUGAACAUGCAUGGUUAAUCAUGAUUCUUCCUUUGAACAUUUUUUCUUAUCAAUUUGGAUAUUGCGUCCCUAACCUACAAUGAUUUUUGACUCAUGACAACGAAAAAUAAAGUGAAUGGGUUCAGUUGGUACUUUGGUUUAAAGUUCGCGUAAGGAUUAACGGAGGUGACCAGACAGAAAAAUUGUUUUUUUGUCGUACUACACAGCCUGUACUUAAUUUGACAAAAUGGUUUUGGCAACUAGCGAUUUCACCUUGAACCCUGAACUCGAAAAAAAGUAGUUAAUAGUUUUAAACAACAAAGACGAAUACUGGUAUGAAUGCAGUUUCUUUACCUUAGAUACGAACAGCAUCAGGAGGUAGUUAACAAUGAAAAGUUUAUGAGAGAGUUGAAAUAAAGAAGCAAAAGACAAUUGUCAUGAUUGUUAACGGAAGUCAUACAACAGCGUCAAAGCUUUCCUUUUCCUUUCCUGUCUGCUUUAAAACCCGUUAUUUCUAUUUUUGCGAUCAACUGAAGGUUGUUACAAUAAUAAUUUUUAUAUGAAUGUGAAAGCGAAUUUAGCAGUAAUGAAUACUACUUGAGCAGUAGUGAAAAUAAGGCCUGAAAAAAUUCAGGCCUGUAAGGGAUUUAAUACCGACGCGGUGCUCUACCAACUGAGUUAACAAGCCAACUGGGAGUUUGUCAUUAUAUAGCGACUAAAUAU